CCAACAACUGCUUGGGCGCUGAUGAUUGGUAAUCAACUGAAAUGGAAACAGAUAUAGGGAAAAACGCUCUUUCACGCUCCCUGCGCCGCCAGUUACCAGUAGUUGAGCGGCGAACGCGUUUCGAAAUGGACACGGACGAGAUAAAAGCGAGCACGGGCCUGGCCCACGACGAGAUCGACUUUACCAGCGGCUACGAGACCCAAUAUCGAAAGGAAUACAGUCCGCUGAAGCCGAUAUAUGUCCCGCCUCCGGAUAAGAAGCAAGCCUGGUUUCGCAAUUGGUCCACCAUCCUGAUGAUCUUCUUCCUGAGCAGCGUCUUCAGUGUGGGUACCGUGAUUCUGGUGGUUCAGGUCUUCACGGCCAGCCCUCUGCAUGUCUUCAUCAUCGUUGCUGUCUAUUUGGCCAUUGCGGCGUUUAUGAUAUUUCUGGAGGUUCAGUCCAUCAAAGUGCGGUGAUCCUACAAACGAAAAUCAACACCAAAAACAGCACUUCAUUGGUACGAAUACUGUGACCAAUUUGCUGAGUUAUCGCAUAAAAAUGUCGUGCCAAUAUGCCCGAUUCGCUUUUAAAAUGCUCUUGGUUUAUGUGUUGUGCAAACAAAUUGAAAGCUUAACAA